AGCACGGCGUGAGUUGUUGUUAGGGUCGAAGGUGAACGGCCAGAAGUAACCCCUCCUCGCAUCACACCACCGUGAUGUUGCUGUCAAAGACGCCGUUGUAGCAUCCACCUAGGUGCACUUGCCAGUAUGAUGUGAUUGGUCAACACAAGAGGACAAGAUGUGUUGGCACAGGGGUUAAAUCAAGAUCAUAUCGAUACAUCUUUGGAUAUUUACUCUUCAGAAUUACUUGCCGAUUUCUUUCUCAAGUCUUUGGGGGCUGCCAGCGUCGAUCAGCCAUGGCAGAGCAGGAGCGUCCUGCUAAGAAGCCUCCUGCUGCAGCUGUGCUCCACUCCCACUUCAUGGUGGGCUCGGUCUCCGAAGAGAACUCUGAGGACGAGAUCCUGGGCAAGCUUGACCCCAUGGUGGCCGAGGAGAAGGAGCGCUCCCUUUCGCCGUCAUCGGUCAGCUCAGACAGCACCUAUGAAAUGGGCUUCGAUGGCGUAGAUGGACCUUCUCAGAACCUGAGGCCAAGCAUGUCAGGACUCCACUUGAUGAAGCAGGGCAGGGACAGGAGACGUAUUGAUCUCCAGAGAGACUUCACCGUGGCCUCACCUGCUGAGUUUGUCACUCGCUUUGGGGGCAACAAAGUCAUUGAAAAGGUCCUUAUCGCCAAUAACGGCAUUGCUGCUGUGAAGUGCAUGCGCUCCAUUCGCCGCUGGGCUUACGAGAUGUUCCGGAAUGAGCGUGCCAUCCGCUUCGUGGUCAUGGUUACGCCAGAGGAUCUGAAGGCCAACGCUGAGUACAUCAAGAUGGCUGACCACUACGUGCCUGUGCCCGGGGGGACAAACAACAACAAUUACGCCAAUGUUGAACUCAUUUUGGACAUUGCCAAACGGAUACCUGUCCAGGCAGUGUGGGCAGGCUGGGGCCAUGCGUCUGAGAACCCCAAACUACCAGAGCUGCUGCACAAGAAUGGCAUCGCCUUCAUGGGUCCUCCAAGUCAGGCCAUGUGGGCCCUAGGGGAUAAGAUUGCCUCCUCCAUUGUGGCCCAGACUGCAGGCAUACCCACCCUGCCCUGGAGUGGAUCAGGUCUUACUGUUGAGUGGUCUGAGAGUGACCAGAAGAAGAAUAUCAUCAAUGUCCCUCCGGAGUCCUAUGAGCUUGGGUGCAUCCAUGACGUAGAGGCUGGAUUAAAGGCUGCGGAGCAGGUUGGCUACCCCGUCAUGAUCAAGGCAUCAGAGGGAGGUGGAGGAAAGGGUAUCCGCAAGGUCAACUGUGCAGACGACUUUCCCAACCUCUUCAGACAAGUUCAGACGGAGGUGCCAGGCUCGCCCAUUUUCGUCAUGCAGCUGGCGAAGCACGCGCGCCACCUGGAGGUACAGAUCCUGGCUGACCAGUACGGCAACGCCAUCUCCCUGUUUGGCCGUGACUGCUCGGUCCAGCGGCGGCACCAGAAGAUCAUCGAGGAGGCCCCGGCAACCAUCGCUACCUUGGACAUCUUUGAGGAUAUGGAGAGGUGUGCGGUGAAGCUGGCUAAGAUGGUGGGCUAUGUGAGUGCCGGGACUGUAGAGUACCUCUACAGCCAGGACGGAAGCUUCUACUUCCUGGAGCUCAACCCCCGUCUUCAAGUGGAACACCCCUGUACUGAGAUGGUGGCUGACGUCAACCUGCCAGCUGCCCAGCUACAGAUUGCCAUGGGCAUCCCUCUGCACCGCAUGAAGGACAUCCGCAUGAUGUACGGUGUGCAGCCGUGGGGAGACUCACUCAUUGACUUUGAGGGGCUCUUUGCUGCCCCCUCCCCACGAGGACAUGUCAUUGCAGCUCGCAUCACCAGUGAGAACCCAGAUGAGGGCUUUAAGCCCAGCUCGGGCACUGUGCAGGAGCUGAACUUCCGAAGCAACAAGAACGUGUGGGGCUACUUCAGCGUGGCGGCGGCCGGGGGACUGCACGAGUUCGCCGACUCUCAGUUCGGCCACUGCUUCUCUUGGGGCGAAAAUCGAGAGGAGGCCAUCUCUAACAUGGUGGUGGCUCUGAAGGAGUUGUCCAUCAGAGGAGACUUCAGGACCACAGUGGAGUAUCUCAUCAAGCUGCUUGAGACGGAGAGCUUUCAGCACAACAGCAUUGAUACCGGCUGGCUAGACCGGCUCAUCUCUGAGAAGAUGCAGGCUGAGAGGCCUGACACCAUGCUGGGGAUUGUCAGUGGAGCCCUCCACGUGGCCGAUGUCAACUUUAGGAACAGCGUGUCAUGCUUCCUGCACUCACUGGAAAGGGGUCAGGUGUUGCCUGCCCAUACGCUCUUGAACACGGUGGACGUGGAGCUAAUCUACGAGGGCAUCAAGUACGUGCUGACGGUGACGCGGCAGUCGCCCAACUCCUACGUGGUCAUCAUGAACAGCUCGUCGGCCGAGGUGGACGUGCACAGGCUCAGCGACGGCGGCCUGCUGCUCUCCUACGACGGGUCCAGCUACACCACCUACAUGAAGGAGGAGAUUGACAGGUACCGCAUCACCAUCGGCAACAAGACGUGUGUGUUUGAGAAGGAGAAUGACCCGUCUCUACUGCGCUCGCCCUCGGCCGGCAAACUCAUCCAGUACACUGUGGAGGACGGAGGACAUGUGUUCGCUGGCCAGUGCUAUGCUGAAAUAGAGGUGAUGAAGAUGGUGAUGACGCUGACCGCGGUGGAGUCUGGCUGUAUUCACUACGUGAAGAGAGCUGGUGCGGUCCUGGAGCCUGGCUGUGUCAUCGCCAAACUGCAGCUGGACGACCCCAGCAGAGUACAGCAGGCGGAGCUGUACACGGGGGCCCUGCCCAUUAUCCAGGCGGUGGCGCUGAGAGGAGAGAAGCUGCACCGCGUCUUCCACAGCACGCUCGACCACCUGAUGCACGUCAUGAACGGCUUCUGCCUGCCCGAACCCUUCUUCGGUGUCAAGCUGAAGGAGUGGGUGGAGCGACUGAUGAAGACGCUGAGGGACCCCUCGCUGCCCCUGCUGGAGCUGCAGGAUAUCAUGACUAGCGUGUCGGGACGCAUCCCUCCCGCCGUGGAAAAGGCAAUCAAGAAGGAGAUGGCCCAGUACGCCAGCAACAUCACCUCCGUUCUCUGCCAGUUUCCUAGCCAGCAGAUCGCUAAUAUCCUGGACAGUCAUGCGGCCACUCUGAACAGGAAGUCAGAGCGAGAGGUCUUCUUCAUGAACACCCAGAGCAUUGUGCAACUUGUCCAGAAGUACCGCAGUGGCAUCCGUGGGCACAUGAAGGCUGUAGUGAUGGACCUGCUCAGGCAGUACCUCAAGGUAGAGGUGAUGUUUCAACACGGGCAUUAUGACAAGUGUGUGUUUCAACUCCGUGAGGAAAACAAAGGGGACAUGGCCAACGUGCUGAACUACAUUUUCUCCCAUGCCCAAGUCACCAAGAAAAACUCCCUAGUCACCAUGCUCAUCGACCAGUUGUGUGGGCGGGAUCCCACACUGACGGACGAGCUGAUGGCCAUCCUGACAGAGCUGACCCAACUCAGCAAGACCACAAAUGCCAAGGUGGCCCUGAGAGCGCGCCAGGUGCUCAUUGCCUCUCACCUGCCCUCCUACGAGCUGCGACACAACCAGGUGGAGUCCAUCUUCCUCUCGGCCAUUGACAUGUACGGCCAUCAGUUCUGCAUCGAGAACCUCCAGAAACUGAUCUUGUCAGAGACCUCCAUCUUUGAUGUGCUCCCCAACUUCUUCUACCACACCAAUCAGGUGGUCAGGAUGGCUGCCCUGGAGGUAUAUGUGCGCAGGGCAUACAUUGCCUACGAGCUCAACAGUGUUCAGCAUCGGCAACUGAAGGACAACACCUGUGUUGUGGAGUUCCAGUUUAUGCUUCCCACCUCCCACCCCAACAGAGGGAACAUCCCCACUUUAAACAGAAUGUCCUUCUCCUCCAACCUGAAUCACUACGGCAUGGUGCACGUGGGCAGUGUGAGUGACGUGCUGCUGGACACCUCCUUCACCCCACCGUGCCAACGCAUGGGAGCCAUGGUGUCCUUCCAGUCCUUCCAGGAGUUCACCAGGUGGGUGUGUGGGAACAUUAAGGACGUGUUGAGCUGCUUUUCAGACUCCCCACCAUCCAGCCCCACCUUCCCAGAGGGGGGGAACCCAGUGCUGUAUGGAGAGGACGACAACAAGAGUCUCCAAGACGAGCCCAUCCAUAUCCUCAACGUGGCCAUUAAGACGGAUAGUGACAUCGAUGACGACGGACUGGCCGCCAUGUUUCGCGAGUUCACUCAGUCAAAGAAAUCCCUGCUGUUUGAUAACGGCAUUCGCAGACUCACUUUCCUGGUUGCUCAAAAGGAUUUCAGGAAGCAGGUGAACUGCGAAGUCGACCAGCGGUUCCAUAGGGAGUUCCCCAAAUUUUUCACUUUCCGUGCCCGAGACAAGUUUGCGGAGGACCGCAUUUACAGGCACCUCGAGCCGGCCCUGGCCUUCCAGCUGGAGCUGAACCGUAUGCGGAACUUUGCCCUGACAGCCAUCCCCUGCGCCAACCACAAGAUGCACCUCUACCUUGGCGCUGCCCGUGUGGAGGCGGGUGCCGAGGUCACGGACUACCGCUUCUUCGUGCGCGCCAUCAUCCGCCACUCAGACCUGGUUACCAAGGAGGCCUCCUUUGAGUACCUGCACAAUGAGGCGGAGCGGCUGCUGCUGGAGGCCAUGGACGAGCUGGAGGUGGCCUUCAACAACACCACCGUCCGCACUGACUGCAACCACAUCUUCCUCAACUUUGUGCCCACCGUCAUCAUGGACCCCUCAAAGAUCGAGGAGUCUGUGCGUUCUAUGGUGAUGCGCUACGGCAGUCGGCUGUGGAAGCUGCGCGUGCUGCAGGCCGAGCUGAAGAUCAACAUCCGGCUGACGCCCACGGGCAAGCAGAUCCCGAUCCGCCUCUUCCUCACCAACGAGUCCGGAUACUACCUGGACAUCAGCCUGUACAAGGAGGUCACCGACUCCCGCACUGGGCAGAUCAUGUUCCAGGCGUAUGGGGACAAGCAGGGCCCACUGCACGGCAUGCUCAUCAACACGCCCUACGUCACCAAAGACCUGCUGCAGUCCAAGCGCUUCCAGGCCCAGAGCCUGGGCACCACCUACGUCUACGACUUCCCCGAGAUGUUCAGACAGGCUCUGAGGAAGCUGUGGCAGGGCAUGGACGCCUACGCGCGGCUGCCCAAGUGCCCCCUGCCCUCGGAGCUGCUCACCUUCACUGAGCUGGUGCUGGACCCGCAGGGCCAGCUGGUGCAGAUGAACCGCCUGCCUGGAGGAAACGAGAUUGGCAUGGUUGCGUGGCGCAUGACCCUGCGCACACCGGAGUACCCGGCUGGCCGCGAAAUCAUCGUCAUCAGCAACGACAUCACGCACAAGAUCGGCUCGUUCGGGCCGCAGGAGGACGUGCUCUUCCAGCAGGCGUCAGAGAUGGCGCGCGAGUCCGGCAUCCCACGCAUCUACAUCGCCGCCAACAGCGGCGCCCGCAUCGGCCUGGCCGAGGAGAUCCGACACAUGUUCCACGUGGCCUGGCAGGACCUGGCCGACCCCUAUAAGGGCUUUAAGUACCUGUACCUGACACCACAGGACUAUAAAAAGGUGUCCGCUCUGAACUCCGUGCACUGCGAGCAUGUGGAGGAUGAAGGCGAAUCAAGGUACAAAAUCACUGACAUCAUCGGGAAGGAGGAGGGGCUUGGAGUGGAGAACCUGCGCGGUUCUGGAAUGAUCGCUGGCGAAUCGUCUCUCGCCUAUGAGAAAGUCAUCACCAUGAACCUGGUGCUGGGUCGGGAGGUGUACACGUCCAACAACCAGCUGGGCGGUGUCCAGAUUAUGCACAACAACGGAGUGACCCACAGCACGGUGUGUGAUGACUUUGAGGGCGUCUACACGCUACUGCACUGGCUCUCGUACAUGCCCAAGUGCACCUCAAGUCCAGUGCCCAUUCUCAGUGCCAAAGACCCCAUUGACCGUCUGGUGGAGUUUGUGCCAACCAAAGCCCCCUACGACCCGCGCUGGAUGCUGGCAGGGAGGCCCAAUCAAAACUCUAAGGGAGCCUGGGUGAGUGGAUUCUUUGACCACGGCUCUUUCCUGGAAAUCAUGCAGCCGUGGGCACAGAGUGUUGUAGUGGGCAGGGCCAGACUCGGUGGAAUACCCACCGGAGUGGUUGCCGUGGAAACCAGAUCGGUGGAGCUGUCCAUCCCUGCAGAUCCGGCUAAUCUGGACUCUGAGGCCAAGAUCAUCCAGCAGGCUGGCCAGGUGUGGUUCCCGGACUCGGCCUUUAAGACGGCGCAAGCCAUAAAAGACCUGAACCGCGAGGGGCUGCCACUCAUGGUGUUUGCCAACUGGCGAGGCUUCUCUGGGGGCAUGAAAGACAUGUAUGACCAGGUGCUGAAGUUCGGCGCCUACAUAGUGGACGGCCUGAGGGAGUACCGGCAGCCGGUGCUGGUCUACAUUCCGCCGCAGGCCGAGCUGAGGGGCGGCUCCUGGGUGGUGAUCGACCCCACCAUCAACCAGCGCCACAUGGAGAUGUACGCCGACAAGGAUAGCCGUGGUGGGGUGCUGGAACCAGAGGGCACAGUGGAGAUCAAGUUCAGGAGGAAGGACCUGGUCAAGACUAUGAGGCGGGUGGACCCUGUCUACAUGGGCCUGGCCGAGAAACUUGGAACCCCCGAGCUGAACGCCGCCGACCGCAAAGAGCUGGAGGGCAAGCUGAAGGAGCGGGAGGAGUUUCUGCUGCCCAUCUACCACCAGGUGGCAGUGCAGUUCGCCGACCUCCACGACACACCUGGACGCAUGCAGGAGAAGGGCGUCAUCACGGACAUUCUAGAAUGGCGGACGUCACGGCAGUUCUUCUACUGGCGUCUGCGGCGGCUGCUGCUGGAGGACACGGUCAAGAGGAAGAUCCAGUCGGCCAAUAGUGAGCUGACAGACGGUCAGAUUCAGGCCAUGCUCCGACGCUGGUUUGUGGAGGCAGAGGGGGCCGUCAAGGCUUAUUUGUGGGACAGCAACGAGGAGGUGGUGGACUGGCUAGAGAAGCAGCUGGCAGAGGAGGAAGGUGCGCGCUCCGUCAUCGACGAGAACAUCAAGUACAUCCGCAGGGACCACAUCCUCAAACAGAUCCGCAGCCUGGUGCAAGCUAACCCAGAGGUUGCCAUGGACUCCAUCGUCCACAUGACUCAACACAUCUCCCCGACGCAGCGUGCAGAAGUGGUGCGCAUCCUCUCCACCAUGGAGGCCCCGGGGCCAUCGUCGUAGGGGAGCUCCCAGCCUCCAUUGGCCCCUCCUGCACUGAAUGGGGGAUGCUGGGAAACCGGGGCCAGAGGAGCCGACACGUCACUCUUAGGGACACUUGGGCAGUUACUGACUGCACUGUUGGCUAUGAUUCUAAGAGAGUGGCUGGAGAUGGAAUAUUGAUUCCAUGAUGAAAAUGAUGGUUCUGGGAUUCAGAACGGUGUUUGCAAAUACACACUGUAGUCUUAAAGAUGUUUGGCGCUCUCUCCAGUGCACCUUUAUGAUAGAUGGUAUACUGCAGAUUUAGUCAGAGUGAAUUUAAAAACCUGGUAGUCCAGAAUAGCGUUUGACAAUUCCUACUUAGCAAAUUGUAAUUAACAAAGGCAUCACCUUACAUCACGAGUCAAUAGCUGAGACUCAGCCACAAUUUCACCUUCCCGCCCUCUAAGAACAAAAGAUGCAUCGGGUGGGUGGGGGUGGGGGUGGGGAAGAGAGGGAAAGUGCUAUCAAGGGAACGUUUUUUUUUUUGUUUUGUUUUUUUAUUUAUUUUUAUUUGUUCUUCACACGAGAGUGUGUGUGAAGUCAUUGAACACGACCGCACCGGCUGGAAGAUGAAUAAAAAGGGGGAAAACGUGCGGUUGCAGGAGAGCUGGGGGAUAGAGAUUAGCACACCUUGGGAAAGAGCACUUCAUUAAUGAUCAAACAGUGAGAGCGUGUACAGGCAUGGUGAUCAGCCCCAUCCGACACACACACACACACACACACACACACACACACACACGAGGCAAGUCCAGAGGGGCCCCCUAUUCAAGCCACACUGUUUAACACUGACCCUUCUUUUUUUUAAUCUCUCUCUCUCUCUCAUAUAUGCACACAAAAUCCCACCAGUGAUGGAAGCAUAUGCACAUUACCUUGCAAUGCAUUCUGAUAAUAUGCAUUGAAACAUUUAGUCACUGGUUUUGUUGCCAUACUUGAAUCUCUAUCCUCCCAGCGUUUGGUGACUAAAAAGGAGUUCUAUUGCUUAUUUCAACCAAAACAAAUGUUACCAUGUGUAGUCAUUUACCCUUACACAAAUGUUUUUUUUUUUUUUUUUUUUUUAACCACACACAUUAAGCACUGUAAAACUAAUUUAUUUAACAGCAGCAAUGGUAAGUGUAGAUAAUGUACACUGUAAUUACAAUUACAUGUGCAACACAAAGGCGGGAUGUCCUGCUUUUGUCAUUAUAACUGCUAUUUGCACUCAUCUCAUUGUACUGAAUACAAAAGAAAAUCAUAUAACCAAUAAUGAAAUGUUACUGCUUUAGAGGAGAGGAACGCUUAACUAAUGAGGUCCAGAAGAGAGUCCUGGUGCUGAUUGGAGGUAGACAAGUUUGAUGAUCCUCGGCAAUUCAGUUGAUUGGCUGCAGCCCUGCCGGCACUACGAGGUCAAUGUCGUGUAGUGUCAGGGACGCACACUACCGUGAGGGUCAUGUGGCCGUGUGAUGGUAGCCACUCCUGCCAGAUAGCCUCAUCGCAUUGAAGUUGGCCAUGCCCGUCCUCGCGUCUACUUGAUCCUAGGACAGGUCAGCUGUUAUCCCUCACGUCCACUAGGGCCUGGAUGAGUUCUCUAUAGUAAACUGCUGUAAAAGCCUGUCUGUCAGAUGCACAACGUGAUCAUGUUACUGAAGAGAUGCAGUGGUCGUCUGCAGUAUGUGUCAAAUGGUACGUGUACGUGUUUACUGUGGCGAUCUCUGUGGUUGCCUCUGUAACUUUUAAUAAAAUCAUACAUAUA